AAAAAUCGAGUACAGUUCAAUCACAGCAAGAAACUCCUUGUACCCUGAUAUGUCACGAAACGCAUUCACCGCUGCGUACAAAACAGGAUGCAUAAAAGGAUAGAAACGGCAGGCGGCAUCAUCCUCAUUCAUUCAGUUCUUGUUUUGGCCACCUGGGGCGCGUUUCCACUGCUUAAACCUUAAGCAAACCCUAAUGGAAGGUGCUGGUUAACCAAGGGGGGCGUGUUUAGUGAGAUGCUAAUACAUCCAAAUCGUCCAGGGAGACACAGUGCUUGCUAGACACAAAACUUAAGAACCACCCCACCCCCACGUGAACGCCAUGGGGUAAUUACCAUCGUUAAAACCUAUGGAUUUCUCGCAUCAUCGCAAGAACCCAGACAAAAAUCUCUUGCUUUAACUUGCAAACCGAAGCAAAAAACCCCAAACAAAAAGGGGUAAAAGGGCUUGAUGAUAAAAAGGCCAGGGGAUCAAAUAGAGGUGCCAAGAAAAAUCGAAUAAAAAUUUUCCAUUUCUUUAUCCCCCGAGUCGUGACGGCGGCGGCGGCGGACAUGGUUGGUGAUAAGGACGCGGCGGCGCUGGCUGGAGAGCUGACCGGCGACGCGGGCGCCAGCUUGAACGGCUUCUUUGACCACACGGGUUUGGAGUCGGCGGUGGUAGGGGAGGGGCAAGGGGAAGGGGAGGAGGAGGAGGAGCUGGAGUGGCUUUCGAACAAGGACGCGUUCCCGUCGGUGGACACCAUGGCGGCGGAGGUGGAGUCGGCGGCGCCCGGGGCGCCGGCGCGCGCGGCGGUGGGGCCGAGGACCAAGGGUUUGCGGCGGCGCCGGCGGGUGACUGCUCCGUGGAGCCUGGCGCCCCUUCUGUCGCGCCCGCGUCAGGCGGCGGCGGCGGCGGCGGACGCGGGGGCGCCGCGGCGCCGGUGCACCCACUGCGCCGUGGAUGAGACGCCGCAGUGGCGGCUCGGGCCGGACGGCCCCCGCACGCUGUGCAACGCGUGCGGCGUGCGGUUCAAGUCCGGGCGCCUCUUCCCGGAGUACCGCCCGGCGAACAGCCCCACCUUCUCGCCGCUGCUGCACUCCAACUCCCACCGCCGCGUCAUGGAGAUGCGCCUCCAGAGCGAGGAGGACGCCUCGGCCGCCAGCCGCGUCAACGCCAAGGCACGCCGCGCCGAGCGCGCGGCGGCGCGCCUCGCCGGCAAGGACAAGAAGUGAUGGAACAAAAAACCGUUGCCUCUUCCCCGGCGGAGGCGAAGUUGGACGGAGACGAUUAGCGCGUGUCAUCUCAUCUCCUUUUGCAUUUCUUUUCAAUUUCCAUUUUGUAGAACAUUAGGAUUAGAGAGAGGUUUAAGAACAUCUGCCAAAUCUUAGUUCUUGGCAAGGAAAGAUCGACAGACAUCAAAGCAGCCUCUCGUCAUGCUCAAUUUUUCCUGAAACCAUGGCAACCUUGGUGUUGUAAACAAAGCAAGCGGUGAAAGUGCUGUUGCUGUUUUUGCUUAUUA